UCUUCUUCUUCUGGGUAUUGUCUUUAUUAUUGGCUUUUAAGAAAAAAUGAAUCUUGGGUUGAAAGGGAACUUUUUGAUCAUUGUGUCUGGUUCCUUUGUUUCGUAGUUUCAUUGAAAAUGUGGGUUUUGGUAGUCUUGAUUUUCCAGGAAGAGGGUGUUUGAAUUUUUUUUUAUUUUAUUUUUUGUUAAUGACACCUUUUUUCUCUGCAGAACAACAUAAAUAAAUUUUGUGAUGUCAUUCAUAAAUUUGGGUUUUGUUUCCAAUUGUUGACUCAUGUUGGGUACUAGUAUUAGUUAAUUGGCUACCCCAUCGUUUUACACAUUAAUUGCUUUCUGAUGUCAUAGUCCAAUAAGUAUAUUAGCCUAGCCUUUGCUUACUUCUAUGGUUCUUUGUUUUGCGUUUGUGUUCUGUUUUAAGUUCAAAGCAGAGGUUAUGUCAUGAUAUUGAUAUGCGUGUAUGUGCAAUUAAUUAGCAUUAAAUUCAGAAGCCACAUAUAUUCAUAGGUUAAUGAAUGGUGUAAAUUAGUCCACUGUUGUUUUGUGGAGUAAGGAGUGGUGGAUAUCCAUCAUUCUUGUUCACUGAAUUAGGACGUGGAUGUUUACAAUAAAUUCAAUCACUUCCCUUUCACGUAACUUUCUGUCACAGUUCAUUCUUCUCAGUGUCAAAAAACAAAUUUCUAUGUUUCUAGAAACCAUUAACUAUUUGCAUUGUGUUCCUAAAAAUACUAAAAGAAAGAAAACAAUGACCCCUUUUACAUACCAAUUCUUUUCCCCUCUAAUGGUAUCAUUUAAUUGUUGAAUUCUGUCUCCAUAUUUUCCACACGGACAAUGGCUUGACUCUGAUAUCUUUUUAAUAUCUAUCAUGAAUUUACAGGAGAACCUUCAGGGUGAAAUCUUAGCAUAUAUUAUGAUCAUUCAACAUACAGCCAAGUCAUGAGUUUUUAAAACCCUCUGUUGACAUGGGGUUUGGUUUAAGCCUUGGAAAGAAAAGCUCAAAGCAGCAAAGCAGGUCAAAGACAGAUAAGGAGAGUUCUGAUUUGCCUCAACCCAAUCCAUGUUCAAAGGAUUCACUUAAGCUUAAAUCAAAGUCUAAUGUUGAUCAAGCAAACAGUGAUCCUUGUCAUAAAGCAAAACAUGAUGUAAAAGGAAAGGCUCAGCUCUUGGAUAGUGCUAAGGGAAGUUCAACUCAGCCUGAUGAACUUGUCAAGUACAUGUCUAAUUUGCCCGGUUUUCUCAAGCAUUCUGAUGGAGGAGCAAGCAUUCAAGGGAAGGCUUUAAAUGUUGGGGUUCUUGAUUGGUCACAGCUUGAAAAAUGGAAGAAUAAGCAAACACAUACAAAGGCAGAAGCUAGCUAUUUCACAUCAUUCGAUAGCAGUGAAGAAAUAUCCUCAAGGGCAGCCACCACAUCAUCUGCAACUUCUGGUGGCCAUAAUAAAAAGCUUGAUGGUAGAAAAGGUUCAAGUUCUUCAAGAAGCAAGGGAUCUUAUAAAGAAGACCGUCCCAGAAGUUCUAAAAUGUCUUCUCAGAAUGUCAAGCAAUAUCAACAUUCUGAAACUGAAAUAAAGACCAUUGGAGAUGUGCUCGGGAUGUCACCCUCGGAAUUUGGCAAAACUCAGUCAGAUAAAUCACUUCAAAGGGUGAAAGUUAAUGACUAUGAUGAAAUAACUUCAGUAGUUGGAAGCUCUGCAUCCAAGUCCAGGCAUCAUAUGGUCGCACUAGUUCCUAAUGAAAAUUCAAGUGGUAGGGGUGUUGAAGAUAAGAAGAGAAUGGAGGGUUUGCAGCAGCAUAGCCUCAAGAAAAAGGAGAGGAGUCUAAAGUCCAGUUCUGAUAAGGGAUUUUCAUCAUUAGAAUCAAAAAAUAAAGGAGUCUCAUUUGAUCCUCAGAAGAAAAUGAGUUCCGGCAGCAGUGAAGCCAAGAAAAAGAUGGAUCAGUGGCAGGAGUCAGAUGUUGAUGCUGGUUAUAAACAAAGCCAUAGGAUGCCUCGUAAUAUUGUGUUGCUUCGUCCCAGAGUUCUGCAAUUGCAUUCUGAAGACUAUUCUCAGCAUUCUCAAUCGAGAACUUCAUCUGAUGAAGACUUUUUGGAAUCAAGCCGGAGUAGUUUGUCAUAUAUGUGCAUUCCUGAGGAGGUUUACACUGAAGAUGUACAUUCUGAAAUUCCACAUUCAAGUGUACUGCCUUCUGUGACUGAGCUUGCUUCUUCUUCAGAAAAAUUGCAACAUAGUAUCAAUACUGAACUAGAUAUAGAUCGUUCUUCUGUUGUAUCUGAGAAACCAGCUUGCUCAAAUAACAUAUCUAAUCUCCAAUCCGAAUAUACUUGCAUUGAAAAGGAUGUGUUACAUAUCAAGCUAAAAAGUCAGUGUGCUUUUAGUAAUGUGCUGGAAUCACUGGACCGUGAAACUGUUGAGCUGACACCUCAGAAUCCCUCAUCUAAUCGUCGGCUUAGCUUAAGCUUAAGUCGGAUUGGAAGAAGUUUUAGUUUCAAGGAAGGGUCUAUUUCAAAACUUAGCUCCUCGUAUGUUGCUGCAAAGUCUGGUCCAGUGACACCUGAAUCUUCUGCUUAUUUGGAUAGUCAUAGCAAAGAUAGGGUAAAAGGUCAUAACAGAACCAUGUCCAGCCCCUUCCUGAGGUUAUUAGACCCCAUAUUGAAGCGUAAGGCAUCAAACAUACAGUUUUCAGAUGAACAAAGUGUGACAUCAAAAGGUAGCAUGGAUUCGAUCAGCUUGAGGUCAAUCAAUCUGCCUGAUGAAAAGAGCAAGGAAUCAUCAAUCCAAGCCCUUUUGCAGCUAACAAUAAGAAAUGGAGUACCUUUGUUUAAAUUUGUGCUCAACAGUGAAAGAAAGGUUCUUGCUGCUACCAUGAAGAGUUUAGCAUUGCCGGAGAAGGAUGAUGUAGACUGCUAUUUCACAUUCUACCAUGUUAAUGAAAUAAAGAAAAAGAGUGGUAAAUGGAUGAGUCAUUGGAGUAAAGAAAAAAACUGUGGAUAUGUCUACAACAUUGUUGGCCAGAUGAAGGUUUCUAGCUCUAAAACCACUGAAUCAAGCAAUGAGGAAACCAAGAUAGAGAGUGUGGUGAAAGAAUAUGUCCUAAUGGGAGUUGAAGUUGACCAACUAGAUCAAGAACCAACAAAUUUCUUCAUGAGCAAGGAGCUUGCAGCUGUUGUUUUUGAGAUCCCUUGCGAAAAUAUAAAUCAUGAAGGACUAUUAUGUAGUCAUAAUUUGAUUAGGAAGAGAUGCUUAAAGUGCUUGGCAGAUGAAAAAUGCUUUUGCAGCUCACAAGAAAAUGAAAUCUAUGGCAACAUGACAGUUAUACUUCCUGGUGGUGUACAUAGUUCACCAAACACAGGACAACCUUCACCAUUGAUCCGUAGAUGGAAGUUGGGAGGAACAUGUGAUUGUGGAGGUUGGGAUGUUGGUUGCAAAUUGCUUGUUCUCUCCAACCAAAACCUUAGUUCAAAUAUUCCAAGAAGUUCAAAAUCUUACCUUGAGAGAUUUCAUCUUUUUGUUCAGGAAGGAGCUGAUCAAAACACACCCCUAUUCACGUUGGUUCCAUUGAAGGAUGGAUUCUACUCAGUUGAAUUCAGUUCAGAAAUCAAUCAUUUACAAGCAUUCUUCAUUUCUGUGGCAGUUUUAAGCAGCCAGAACUUGCCAAGUUCCUUGGAAAUGAAUAACAUGCAAGAAGCAAUCAAUAAGGAAUUCAAUUCCAAGAACAACAAUGAACUUCAAGGGAAAGCACCUUUAUAUUAUAAUCCAAUUCCUCCAUACUCCCCUGCUGACAGAGUUUAAUUUCAGAAAGGGAAGGCUUUCUCACCAUCAUAGAUAUCUGUUAUAUAUUACCAUGGAGCUAAGGAGUUUCAAGUUAUUGCACUGCCAAAUAAUUUUCCAUUUACUUCCUUUAUUGUUUGAUACUAUAGCAAUACCGGGGUCCUUCCCACCAAAAUACCUGUUGUGGCAGAAAAUGGUAUUCUCACUGUACAAAAGCACCACUGCACCAAUACCAUCCUUUUACAAAAUACAACAAAAGACUAGUAUCCAUUGUACAUCUUGAGCACUGUGAAAGUGAAGAGCUGAAACUAUAAUUUGAUCAACAACAGUGCAAGUAUACGGCCGUGCCUCCAGAAGUCCCCUUUAACUGUUCUAUACACUGGAGAUUAUUGAUGAUGUGUAAAUCAGUUAAGCAUUAUUCCAUGACUCAGUUUUGACAUCACUGCAAUAUCUCCUAUUGAAGAUGUUUACUUUCCAGUUUGUCCUCGAGCAUUAUAAUAGUCUUUUUGUAUAUAUGGUUUAAUGUUUCAUGGUGGUGAUUCUUAUAUGAUUAUGAAAACCAAAGAUUGUUACUUGA